UUUCGGAAAAGGGAGAUCUACAGCGGUUGAUCCGACGUGCAGCUUUGGAGAUCCAUCGAGUAUCUCUUGAUUUGUGGUGCCGCGAACUGGUGUUAAUUCUUCUCUAAUCUCGUGAAAUUCGCAAGUAAUCAUGACGUUGCUGAAGAAGUUAUUGAUCUUGACGAUCGCGGUCGUUCUCACCGCCGGACAGAGCAUCGACGAAUGCCUCAAGCAAGACAGCAUAUCCUGCGUGCAAAAGACCCUAUACAGGACUGCUAAGGAAUUCCUCGCCAAGGAUAAAUUUGAACUCGUCAGCGGAAUCAGCCUUGUGAAGAGUGAUGCCGACGCUGGUAGUGCUAGGUCUGGCAAGGCGCUCGUUUAUGAUCAAGAGAUGGACGCCGCUAACGACAUCGUGGAGAGGCAGAACACCCUCGAGAACUUCAUUAGUGAUGGAGCCGGACAACUUUUCACUGGCCGCAGCCUUAGGGUCAACCUUGCACCUGCUUUUGAGAAACUCCGUGAAUCGGCUCGAUCUAUUAGCGAGUCUGUGCCAUCAGAGAUUCGUCAGGCCGUUGAUGAGGUUGUUGAAGCUCGAGGUAAGAAGAAGGGAGGAUUGAAAAACAUCUUGCCCCUUCUAAUUGCCGCGAAAGUAAAGCUCGGAAUUCUGGCGACUCUCGCGUACUUCGCCGUCGGCCUCAUAGCGAAGAAGGCGAUCCUCGUGUCUCUUAUCUCCCUCGCCAUUUCCGCGUUCAUCGGCUUGAGAGCACUUUGGUCGGGCAAGGGCGGUCAUCAUCACGAUGUCACCGCUUAUAACAGCGGCUGGAGCAGCGGGCCUGUUGUGAGCAGUGGAUGGUCUGGUCCCGUCAGCGGCGGAUGGUCCGCUCCAGUGGCGUCUGCUGGAUGGGCCAACGGCGGCUCCUCCGCCGGCUGGGAAGAUCCUCACGCUUACUCGCACAGCCAAGCGUACUCUGGAUAUCAUCACUAGCGACGGACGCUGAUAUCUGCUAUCUUUCCUUCUUCUUCUUCUUCUACUACUUUUUCUAUGGAUAACAGACGACGAGAAGAAUGGGAUAUCGACGAAAGUGGAUAAUUCAAGCUUCACGUUGACUUUCCGCUGUUAGCGUUCAUGAAGAUAUUUAUUCUUAUUUAUCGUCAUUAGUAAACAGGGCGGUCUGUGGCCCUUCCGCGAUGUACAUAAAGUAUAUAUUACACUCGCUCGCGCAUACGCGUCUGAAAACAAAUCGAGCAGAUAAAAUGUAAUGAAAUCAAACUGAGAGGCUAGUCGCAACACGUUCGUCCGGUGGUGCCGUAACUCGCGAAUCACGGCUACAUUAACCCAUUGGGAUACGAUAUUAUAGAUGCAUUAAUACAUCGGCAUCGCGACUGCAGCGCGAGCUUUAAACGCGAUAUCUCUGUAACAAGACUUACUCUCGACGCAGAAUCAUAGUUACAUCUAGUCCAAUACGAUGUAUAUGAAACACAUUAAGCCACAUCCUUACAAAACUGUAUGCUUUGUAAUACGCAUGUUUAUUAAUAUAAUAUUAUUUGUA